AUGGCGGCUUGUCCCCGGCGGCUUCGAUCGUUUUAUGCAAAGUUGCCGCGUGGUGAAUAUUAUGUUGGUGGCGCUCAGAAUGCUACUGGCGAAAAUUCUCUCACGACAUCUACAGAGUGGGAUACGGAAGUGGUGAAGGGUUCCUCAUCAUUCGGCUCCGCGGGUCAGGAUGCCGAGGAGCCUCAAGCUGCCUAUUUGCUGCCGUCGUGGCUGCAGCCAGAGAGAUGCGCCGUGUUCCACUGCGCACAAUGCCACGCAGUGCUCGCCGACUCGCUGCACCUGGCCUGGGAUCUAUCGCGGUCCCUCGGAGCUGUGGUCUUCUCUAGAGUCACGAAUAACGUUGAUUUAGAAGCGCCCUUAUUGGUUGGCAUUGAAGGUUCACUCAAAAGCAGCAUUUACAACCUUUUAUUCUGUAGUUCCUGUGGGAGUGCCAUUGGUUUCCAUCUGUAUUCCACACAUGCUACUUUUGCUGCCUUGAGAGGUCACUUUUGCCUUUCCAGUGACAAAAUGGUGUGCUACCUCUUAAAAACAAAAGCCAUAGUAAAUGCAUCUGAGGUGGAUAUUUACAACGUACCCCUAACAGAAAAGAUCGCAGAGCUGAAAGAGAAGAUAAUUUUAACACAUGCUCGCUUAAAUUCACUAAUGAAGAUUCUGAAGGAAGUGACUCCUGACCAGUCCAAGCCAGAAAAUGGAUCCAGAACCAAGCCUUGA